AUGGCGGAGCUCGGUAAGAAGUACUGCGUGUACUGCCUGGCCGAGGUGAGCCCGCUGCGCUUCCGCUGCACCGAGUGCCAGGACAUCGAACUGUGCCCCGAGUGCUUCUCGGCCGGCGCCGAGAUCGGCCACCACCGCCGCUACCACGGCUACCAGCUGGUGGACGGCGGGCGCUUCACGCUGUGGGGGCCCGAGGCCGAGGGCGGCUGGACCAGCCGCGAGGAGCAGCUGCUGCUGGACGCCAUCGAGCAGUUCGGCUUCGGAAACUGGGAAGAUAUGGCUGCUCACGUUGGGGCUUCCCGGACUCCCCAGGAAGUGAUGGAGCAUUAUGUAAGCAUGUACAUCCACGGAAACCUGGGGAAAGCCUGCAUCCCUGACACCAUCCCCAAUCGGGUGACAGACCACACCUGCCCCAGUGGAGGCCCCCUCUCUCCCAGCCUCACUACCCCCUUGCCUCCCCUAGACAUCUCGGUGGCCGAGCAGCAGCAGCUGGGCUACAUGCCGCUGCGGGACGACUAUGAGAUCGAGUAUGACCAGGACGCCGAGACGCUCAUCAGCGGGCUCUCGGUGAACUACGACGAUGACGACGUGGAGAUCGAGCUGAAGCGUGCCCACGUGGACAUGUACGUGCGGAAGCUCAAGGAGAGGCAGAGGCGGAAGAACAUCGCCCGUGACUACAACCUGGUGCCGGCCUUUCUGGGGAAGGACAAGAAGGAGAAGGAGAAGACGGCCAAGCGCAAGAUCACCAAGGAGGAGAAGGAGCUGCGGCUGAAGCUGAGGCCGCUCUACCAGUUCAUGUCCUGUAAGGAGUUUGAUGACUUGUUCGAAAACAUGCACAAAGAGAAGAUGCUGCGGGCAAAAAUCAGAGAAUUGCAGAGGUACCGGCGCAAUGGAAUCACGAAGAUGGAAGAGUCGGCAGAGUACGAGGCGGCCAGGCAUAAGCGCGAGAAGCGGAAGGAGAACAAAACCACCGCGGGCUCCAAGAGGGGGAAGGAGGACGGCAAAGAGAGCGAGUUUGCCGCCAUCGAGAACCUUCCUGGCUUUGAGCUCUUGUCGGACCGCGAGAAGGUACUCUGCAGCUCUUUAAAUUUGAGUCCCGCUCGCUAUGUGACUGUGAAGACCAUUAUCAUUAAAGACCACCUCCAGAAGCGACAAGGGAUUCCCUCCAAAAGUCGCCUUCCGAGUUAUCUGGACAAAGUCCUCAAGAAAAGGAUUCUGACCUUCCUCACGGAAAGCGGCUGGAUAUCCAGGGAUGCUUCCUGAAGCCGAGUCUCCCUGAAGCUGGAAUGAUGCUAAAACAGCUUGUGAGCCAAAAGGACUUGGGGGGCGGGGGGACAGGAAAUGCUUUUUUUCCCUAUUAUUGCUCUUUUUAAAACAAAUUUGGGUUCCCUUUUUAGGAUAUAAAUUCUCUUCAUGGUCCUCUGAAAGAAGCAAUAGUAACAAUCUUAUAUUGGAUCGUGGGGGAAACAAAUAUGUGUGUAUUUUAACUUAGUUCUAAAGGUAAUUCUUUAAGAUGACGAUUUGCCUUUGUGUUCAGUUGGGAGAAUAUUAUGAGAUUGGCUAUUUCCUUC